UUUCUCCUCACUCCUCCCUUCUUCACUUUGUUCCAGCAAGCACUAGUAUAACAAAACCCACUUUGUGAAAUAAAGAGCUCGUGCAAAAACUACUUCAUUUAGUAUUUGUUUGGAUUAUUGGAAAUAGUAAGAACCCAUAAUUUAUUGGAAUACUAUGUACCAUCCCAUUUCCGCUGAACUCCCACCGGCGAAUAGUUCCGGCGAAUUUCCGGCUUAUCGUCGGAGCUCCAGCUUCAGUAGCCUUGUGCCCUGCUUAACCGAAACCUGGGGCGACUUGCCUCUUAAGGUCGACGACUCGGAAGACAUGGUAAUUUACUGGCUUUUACGGGACGCCGUUAACGUUGGAUGGAGCCCGUUUAAUUUGACAGCUGCUAGUGACGUCAGUGUUGACGUUAGAGUUAAAGCUGAGCCGAGUGAUGCGCCGGAGCCGGCUACCACUUCGCCUGCUGCUGAUCACUGUUCGGCUCCGCCUCCUGCGACUGCCGGAGCGGCGCAACCGAAAGGUAGGCAUUUCAGGGGCGUGAGGCAACGGCCGUGGGGAAAGUUCGCGGCUGAGAUUAGGGACCCGGCUAAGAAUGGCGCCAGGGUUUGGCUUGGUACUUAUGAGACGGCUGAGGAAGCGGCGUUGGCUUACGACAGAGCGGCUUAUAGGAUGAGGGGUUCAAAGGCUCUAUUGAAUUUCCCUCACAGAGUUGGCUUGAACGAGCCGGAACCGGUUAGGGUGACAGCUAAGAGAAGGUCGCCUGAGCAGGCUGCUUCAUCACCGUCAUCUGUUUCAUCGGCUUCGGAGAGCGGCUCCCCCUCGCCAUCGCCCAAGCGGAGGAGGAAAGUUGUUGCGGCUGAACUUUCAGCCGAGCCCGAGCCCGAAGUUGAGAGCCAAUCGAAUGCGUAUCGUCGAGUAAAUUGUCAAAUGACGCAUGUGCCAGUUGGCGAGCAGCUACUGGUAAGCUGAAUUUGAGUUGUACUUCGUGGAAAGUUUUAAAAAAAACAAAAAAAAAAAACAAAACGCAAUGAGUAGUUAGGGCUUGCUUUGGUUAUGUGUGAAUAUUAAAAUUUUCCCCGUUUUCUUUUUUGAGUUUUUGUUUGGCCCUUUUAAAUUCCAAGGGGCCGUGUAAACAAUUGAAGCUCAAGCCUUGGUGAAAUACGGAAACGUAACGAGGUAUUUCCAUUCA